CCCUACUGUACUGGUUGCGGAAUUUGGACUCUACGAAGCGGCCGUUCUAGAGCCCCGCCGUUUUGAGUUGUGAGACAUAACAAUGAAGAAAGGCCACCGAAUACAGUAGAUGAGGUCAUUUGGUAUAUCGUGUUGAUUCGGCCCGCUGGGAAAACAAAGCAAGGUUAGGGAAGUUUAAAGGAAACCCCUCAACCGAGUGCCGUGGUCUUCAGAUGUUGCUAAAACAUCCCCAAUCAUAACACCUACCUUGACACCAUUCAACCCGAAGACUUGCACACCCUCAGGGGCGAAUACAUCAACGAUUGCAAUGGGCGCCGCAUCAAGAAUAGCCCUAGUGGCUCUGCGUAUCUGGCAGCUCAUUUGCUCCAUCAUCGUGGUGGGCAUCCUCGCUCGUUUCCUGCGCGUCCUCUCAGAGGCCGGUGCAACCCGAGAUGGCCGGGUCGUAUACGGCAUCAUUGUUGCAUCUAUUAGCAUCGUCUUCGCUAUCGUCUUCAUCGCCCCUUUCUUAUAUUCCUUCCUAUCAUUUCCGAUGGACUUCGCCCUCUUCGUCAUGUGGCUAGUCCUCUUUUGUCUUCUGAUCACGCGAACCGGUACCAAAACAUGCAGCUCUCCUUGGUUUUGGAACUAUUGGGGUUACUAUUGGGGAGGUUGGUGGAGAAACCCCUUUUUCAUCGAUGGGCCGGGGGACAUCGCGUACUCCGGAUGCGGGCACUGGCGAACUGUUUUGGCAUUCUCGUUUAUGGCCUCAUCAUUUAUAGGGAGUUUACGUCGUGUCUCGCUGGUGGGCUAAAAGGAAGAGGGAGCGCCAGGUUGGAAGCACUAGCACAACGACGGGAAACCCGCCCACGUCACAGAUUGGAGGCCCUACGCAGGCUAGAGGUGCGGUCAGCA